AUGACCCAGAGCAGCUCAACGUCUGAAAAAUUUCAAGGGAGUGGACGUUCUGUAGUCAGUGAAGAAAAAUUGAUGGUGGCGGUGCGUGUCCGACCGCUGCGCGCUGAUGAAGGUCCCCGGAUCGUCCACGUGGUCAGCGAUAAGAUGUUGGUGCUGGAAGAAGAGGCGGAUUCCCGACGAGACGUUCUGCGCCAGCGGCGUCUCAACGAGAAACAUUACGUAUACGACCGUGUCUUCGGAGAAGACAGUACUCAAGAAGAAGUAUACGAAGCGGUAUGUGCGCCUCUUGUUGGAGACACCUUGAGCGGCAUCGCGGGUGCCAUCUUCGCGUAUGGCGCCACGGGGGCAGGAAAAACGCACACGAUGACCGGGCUUAUGUCCAGAGCUCUCAACCAUCUCUUCACGUCCAUAGCAGAGAGCGACUUACCCGAUGCUUACGAGGUUAAGAUGUCCUACAUUGAGAUCUAUAACGAGAACAUUCGUGAUCUAUUAAACCCCAGUUUGGGACCGCUAGAACUACGCGACGAGGGUGCCAACGGACCACCAGUUGUUGCAGGAUUAAGUGAGGUUCGAGCUAAUGAUGCUUCUCAUGUAGCUGAGCUUUUGGCGAGAGGUGAUAGAGCGCGUACUGCCGAAGCCACUCAUGCAAACCAACAAUCCUCACGAGGACAUGCUUUACUAAGUGUAUCAGUAAGCAAGUCGGUGUCGAAGGGAGUACAGCGUGGGAGGCUCUUUCUCAUCGAUCUUGCAGGAUCAGAGCGCGCCGGACUUCGUGCGAGGCGAUUGGAGGGUGCGCACAUCAACCGUUCCUUGCUUGCACUUGGCAACUGUAUCAUGGCUCUUUCCGGGGGCGCAAGGUACGUGAACUACCGUGACUCGAAGCUCACGCGGCUGCUGCGGGAAGUUCUGGGCGGGAGGUGCCGCACAGCCAUGGUGGCGCACGUGUCGCCCGCCGCCACCCACCGCGACACCACUCGCUCCACCCUGCAUUACGCACAGCGAGCUUCCGCUAUCACUAAUAAAGUUGAACGCGAACUAAUUGAAACUCCAAUGCAUUUAUCGCAAUAUCGUACAGUAAUAAAUGAACUGAGGGAGGAGAUUUCACGCCUCAAGACCAAAAUGAAAGAUGAUCGAUCGAGGAAGAGAGACGACCAGCAGAAAAUAGACGAGACGAUAACUAAAGAAGAGUCAGAAGAAAAGAGCGCACAUUUGAAAUCCCUGCGCGAAGCGAUUGUGUCAACGUUCAAGCAGCAGAUGCGGUUGCGUCGCCGGCUCAUGGAAUUGGACAGCAACCUUCUGGGCCUCGCACUGGAUGCGGAGCGGCAGCACGCAACCAUCUCACACUGGGAAGCGCGCUUCAACAGACUCUACAAGCCCAUUAGCUUUACCGGUUCGAGGCUAAGCACGCAACAAAGUUACAGAGGGGGGACAGGCAGUGUCAACAGCGUGGGCAGUGAGCGUGCGGAGGCUGAAAUAGCCGUGGAGCAAGCAUGGGCAGAGCUCGCAGCGGUUGAGAGAGAGCAGGAAUCAGCUCGCUCGGAACGACACCGUGUUGAGCGGCAGCUGGAACAAGUCAGGCUCAGGGGUGCGCAACUAGAACAGGAGUUGCCGGCGCAUAUCGAGAGCGGUCCAGAGCGCGAGGUUCUGGCGCUGGUGUGUCGAGUACACGAACUAGAGGCCGAUAAGCUGGCGCUGCAGGGAGAAAGAGCUGCGCGUGCGCACGAGUUGCGACGUCGCGACCUGGCGUUGCAACGACGGGACGCGCAGCGUCGGCUCACUGAUGAGAUCAUAACGAGGCAACGACGCGCUCUCGAAGAAUUUGGCAUCGGUGUCCAACCGGAUUUAUCCCAGUUGUACGAACUGUAUCAACAAGAAAUCCAUGCUUCCACUUACACAGAAAGUAACGAAUAUAAUUCGCCGUACCGCCUACCACCUAUUUCUUCCAGUGUCUCGGAAAUAACCUGGUCCGAGAGUUCUAGUGGGUCAGGUCGCGGUUCUAGCUCAGGUUCCGGCGGCACUAUGGCUCUCGACCACCAUCUGCCUCAACUAGCGCCAACGCCGCGACCACGCACAAGAUAUAGUCGUGCUAGUGCCGCAACUCUCAAGCGUUACUCGAGCGACGAUAGCUUGGUGGUAACCGCACCUCGUGGCAAUGAUAGAGCAGCUCCUUGA